AUGACAGAUUCUGUAUCUUACGAGCAGAAUUUCAAUCAACGCGCUUACCAGAGCAACUACAGUUACAACAGUAUAAAUAGCGCCUGGCAAGCUGGAUACAAGCAAGAGAGGGAUGCAAACUCGCUCGAUUCAAGUGGAUUUUAUCAGACUCACCAUGACUCAGGAAUUUCCUUCACUGCCGACGUCUCCCUGAAUUCUCCGAUUUCCGACAAAUCUCAAUCUCAACUCCCCAAAGCUCAGUCUUCCCCUACGAAGCAGCAUCUCUCCAUCUCAAAUUCCCAGCAGCCAGCUCCUGUACGAAAUACUUCCCCAACUGGUCCAGUCUCUCCUCAACUCAACAAUACAAACUAUCUCCCUUCGCAACUCCCCGUCCAAGCAUCGUCUUCUCCUCAAAGCAGCCCAAAGCCGCUGCAGAUUCAAAAUCAGCGCGAAGGACCUUCAACAUCUUCUCCCGUCGCUCAGACGAUCCCCUCCGCCUUCAAAUCCGAGCCGAACGGAAGCCAACCGACUCUUCAGCCGACUCAGACGGCGAAUCACCCGCUCCCCGUCAGCCCGAUUCAGCCGCAUCAUACAGUCAUCCCUUCUCCCGCCCCUCUUUCCUACAACGAAUAUCUUUCCUCUCAGCACUUCUACCCGCAUCCUCAAAAUCAUCUCGAAAAUCCCUCCUUCGCGCCAAAUGCCCAAAAUCUCGGAAACAGCGGAUACGGCGCGCAAAACUCUGGAUAUCUCUUUUCAAAUUCUGGACAGAACUUUGAACAUGCUCUUUCGGAACCAGACGUGGCAAAAAUCGAACCAAGGGAUCUACCAUUCGAACCUGAGCCAAAAAGAAGAAAAAGUGAUCCAUCAGGACAAAGGGAAUGUGCAAACUGCGCGGCGACUACGACUCCAUUGUGGCGAAGGGACAAGUGCGGAAACUAUUUGUGCAACGCUUGCGGCCUCUACUACAAAGUAAACGGCCAUAAUCGGCCCUUGAUCAAGCCCAAAAAGCGCGUGGCUCCGAAUAAAAGGGUGGGCACGAUUUGCGUCAACUGUAAAACCAAUCAAACGACUCUUUGGAGACGAUCCUUGAAGGGCGAGCCUGUCUGCAAUGCUUGUGGACUGUAUGAAAAACUUCACGGGGUGCCUCGUCCAAAAACAAUGAAAAAGGACGGAAUCCAAACUCGCAACCGAAAACUCUCCGCUCUUCCGAAUCGCCGAAAACGCCCUAAUGACCCUAGAACCGCGAUCAACCCCUAUUCCCAUCCUCAUUUCCCAGCGACCGGAAAUUUUCCCGAAGCAGCUCAUCUUCCCCAGCAAGUCGAGACGCCCCAGAUUCCUCUUUUUCCGCCGCAGCCGCAGCUGAACCUGACAAAAGACGCUUCAAACGCCCCCUCAACAAGCAGCUACCCUCACGACCUGCAAGCAAUGGCCAACUCGAUGUUUCCAAUGUCGAUGAAUCCCAUGGCUCUUUUCUCGAAUCCCAACCCAGCGGCUUACGCGGCUCAAACAGCAGCUGGGCAAAAUCCAUUCCUUCAUGGCUUUCCUUCUAUUUUUCAACCUGCCUUUCAGUGA